AAGAAAUAUUUGAAAAUCGUCCAUUACCAAAUAAAUGUGUUAUAUGCACUUCCUAGGGCUAGGUAAGAAAAAAAUUUCUAAUUUCUAUAGAUGAUAUUAACAUUCAUGACUUGAGAUAUUUAUUAAAACUGGAUAUGAUGAUGUGAUUGCCCAAAUCAAACAGAAUAAAACUUUUGACACAUGAAAAGCCAUGAAAGAUGGCACAUUAACACUAACGUGUAAUUGAAAAUAUAAAAAAAUAAAUGACCUAAAUCCAUUUUUUUCCGCCUAUCCGUUCAAGCUUUCAACUAUCUUGUUCUACUUUUUCCUUCACACGGCUUGAACGCAAUCCCUUGCACAUUAUCCAUUUUAAGAGCUUUGUUAUGCAAAAUUAUUUUCCUUUUAAUGUUCAAUCAUCUUGUUUUUUUUCUUUUAAAUCUUACAUCAAUACCAUUAUAAAAACAUUUACCUGUGUCUCUGAAAACUAAAGCAGAGCACAUUCAUCACAUGAAUGCCAGCAAGAGAGCCAGAUAAAGUUUAAAUAACAUCAAUAUACAACAGACAUUUCUACAAAUGAAGCUGAACAACCAAAGUCUAGAGAGCCUUUUGGGUUCUUUAGGUGGCCGAGGGAAGUUCCAGAUUAUGGUUCAUAUGUUGGCUGCUUACACUUACAUUGUGCUGGUUUUCAACCAUGUUAUCAUGGCUUUCCAUGGAACACCCAUUGCCCAUAACUGCAUGUAUUACCAGGGAACUGAUGCUAGUAAGUAAGAGUGUUUUAUUUUUUUAUUUUGGGGGCAUUUUUUAGUAAUAAAACAAAUUACGUAAUCUUAAAAUAAUUAUAAAUUUUAAAAAGAUUUAAUGUGUUUAAUUUAUUUUAUUUUUUAAAUCUUGAAGUUAAAAAUCUCUUAGCAGAUUUGAAAAUCCUUACAAGGGCAUUAUUUAGCACAGUUAAGUUGUAAUUUGUAUACAGAAUGCUGAUACGGAAAGUUUUUUAAAACUUGAACGUUUAUUUAAAAAAUACUAGCUAACUAUGAGCAUUUUAAAUAUGUAUAAAGUUAUGCAAAUUUCUUAUCAAGCCUGCCAUCUGAAUAAAUUUUUAAAAUUCUGCCAUUCAUCGUAGCAUAUAAAGUAUGAAAUGUGUUCCAUUGUAGUAAGACAAUGGGAUACAAGGAAUAUGCAUUCAAGAUUUUUUCUCCCAUUAUUUUGAGAAAAUUAUAUCAAACCAUUUUAAUUAAUUUUUACAGCACUAGACAAAAUCAUCCCUGGUACUUGGCCAUACAAAAACUCGAGCCAGAAAGUUUUGGUCAAUGCUACUCACGCUGAAUGCAAUGCAACUCUCUUCUACUCGGACGGACAGAGUGAGACUGUCCAGUGCACAUCUAGAGGUCAAUGGAGAUAUAAGCCUGUUUAUGAUGAGAAGAACAUAGUCAGUCAGGUAACUUGUGCACACAAUUGUCUAUUAGAUCCUCAUGAAUGUAUUUAUAAAGAAGUCUGUCAUACUAUUAAUAAUUAAUCUGAGAAUAUUAAUUUUGAUAUUAAAUUAAAAAAGGAUUAUUGUUAACAAUGUUAAAUCAGGCUAUCUAAAAACAGUUUGAAUUCAUUGAAACAAUACUUUUGAAAGAAAUCUGUUAAUACUUUUGUUCUUAUAGUUCCGAAAAUAAUUUGUGUGUAUCACAGCUUCAGCUUUUGAAAGUGAACUACCAAGAAAUGUAAUUCCGUGGAUGUUAAUGUUUAAAAAAAUGUUAAAUUGUAUUUCAGUUUGACCUGGUUUGUUCGGAUGCGUACCUGGCCAAUCUGGCAACCACUCUUUAUUUCGCUGGUGUAAUGGUUGGAGGAGUUGUUUUCGGAGAUCUGGCUGACCGCUUCGGGCGCCUUCCCAUCAUGCUGUUCACCUUGUAUUCCUCCACCAUCCUUGGCAUAAUCAUCGCAUUCUCUGUUAACUAUGUCAUGUUCGUUGUCCUCAGGUUUAUUAAUGGCAUACUAAUGCAGGUAAAGUAAAGGAGACUCAUCUUUUAAAUUCAGAUUUGUAUAUUUUUUAACUAAAGGGGAUGUUUUCAGGAAAGUUUGUCAAUUUCUAACUAAAAAAUGUAAUUCUUUUUAUAUUAAUACAACUGAGUCUUUUUUUUUUUUAAUUUUAAUUACAAUUUUUUAGCUUCUAAAACUGUUAAAUACAGAAAUUCAAAUUUCAGCGGGGCGAAAGAUGUGGAUAGAUUGGAGACAUAUUAAUGCUUAUUUUAAAAUAUGAUUAUUUUCAUUGGUUGAUAUGAAUGAUAACUUUGUAUGUUUUAUUUUUCCUACAUGUGUAACUUUAAUAGUUUAAAAAAAAAAAAUUUUCUUACCAGGGUCUGCAGACAUCAGCAUACACCUUGAUCAUGGAGCUCUACGUAGCUAAACACCGGCCGUUCGCAGGGGCAGUAACUGAAUGUUUCUUUGGCUCCAGCAUUAUGCUACUUGCUGGUUUAGCUUUUGCUGUGAGGGACUGGCAACACCUCCAGAUACUGAUUAGCUUAUUUGGAGUUUUAGCUGUUUUCUACCCUUGGUAAGAUAUCAGUGGGAACUUUCCUAAUAGGUGACUUCAAAACUUGGCUCUUUGUAUUUCUUAUAUAACUGUAGAGCUGGUUAGGUCUUUUGGCUUUUUUAAUUUAGAUUUAUGGAUUUAUUUCUUAUUAUUUAUUGGAACAUUUUAGAGAUAUGAAAUUUCUUAGCCUUUUAACUGUUAAAUUCCCCCUAUUGACUUGGACUUCAUUGUAUUUAUUGUGCUAGUUCAGACUUACCCAGAAUGAACCAUGACUGAUUGAAAUUUCAGUUUCAUCAUUCAUAGGACUAAAACUUCUCUUUAUAUCACUAAGCUUGUUGAAAUGACUAACUCUCAUAGCCAUGUAAUGUUUCCCAGGGUUGUGCCAGAAUCUCUGAGGUGGCUGAUCAUGAAAGGGAAAACAGAUCGAGCUGACCUUGUAAUAAAAAAUAUUUGCAAGAUGAACAAGGUAAUCUAACAUCACAAGGUAAGUUUACAUAAGGUAAUCUAAUCAAACAAGGUAAUCUAACAUAAAAAAGUGCUCUACCAUAACAAGGUAAUCUUACAUAAGGAAAUCUAACAUGUUAAUUAAGCAUAACAAAGGUAAUCUAACAUAACACCAAGUUAAACUUAACAACAUGGUAAUCUAACAUGAGAUGGUGACUAACUUGAGGCAAACUACCAUGGCAAGGUGAACUAUUCAGAUUUAAAGACAAAAAAAUACAGAAAUAAAUAAGUUGAAAAGGACUUUUAAUUCAGUCAAAUUAACUGAAUGGAUUUUUUUAAUAGAAGCUUUUUUUGUUAAAGCCAAACAAAUUAAAAUCUGUUUCAUCAACUCUGAAAGUGCUUACUUCACAGAUCUCAAUGUUCAAAUUUAUGCUGGACAUUUCUUAACCGCGGUUUGCUCCACCUUCGUUUGAUUAUUUCCAAGUCUUUGUCUGAUCUGUCAAUCUUUAAACAAAUACCUAAAAAUGUCUAUUCAAUUAAUAUCAUUGUUAAAGUGUAAAAGGGUUUGUGCAUAUUAUGGCUGGCCAGAUUUUUGUGCAGAGGGAUGCACCGAACUUACAAAUAUUUUUGGUGAGCUGCAUGAUAAUUUUCUAUCAAUCUAGGGUUCUAGACAAGAAAUGGCGUUUAAGUUUGUACGUAACAAGUGAAAAAAUUAUGGAAACAGUUUUGAAAACUGUACACUUUGACAAACAGUUUUCUAAGGCUUUAACAAAUAACCUUUCUUAAUUUGUGUCUUUUAAAGGAACCAUCCACUUCCCAGAAAUCCUUUGUUGUACGUAACAAGUGAAAAAAUUAUGGAAACAGUUUUGAAAACUGUACACUUUGACAAACAGUUUUCUAAGGCUUUAACAAAUAACCUUUCUUAAUUUGUGCCUUUUAAAGGAACCAUCCACUUCCCAGAAAUCCUUGAUGGGCUGAUAAAUACAUUUCAGCUGGACAGAAGUGGCCCUCGGGCCAAAGGUUUCCCACGUCUAGUGAUAUGUAAUGAAUAUAUACCGGUAUAUAAAUAUGUCAACAUUCCACGUUUCACAGGUUCCCUAUCCAGCUGAGCAGUGGGAAGCACUCCGUGAAGACACUGACAAACAGAUGAAAGACGGCGGCUCACAGAGUGUCUACAAUUUCACCGACAUGUUCCGCACUGGACACAUGAGAAAACGAUCAGUUAUUCUGUUUUAUAUAUGGUAGGCUGCUACAGCAUUGCUCCAUGAACAGAUUUAAUGUUUCUUUGACCUUUGCUCUAGAUACAUAUAGGAAGGUUGAUUAAGAACUCAUGUGUUACUCCAACAAUGAGACAAAUAAUUGUAAUAAAAGUAAGCAUUUUUGUGUCUGCAUCUUUUUGUUAUUUUUGUAUAGAAAAUCAUUCUUAAAUUUAGAUUGUUGUUUACAAAUAAAUGCAAUAGAACUCUUUUAAAUUUAUUCUUUGACAAAUAAAUAUCGCAAGGUAGAUUAAUUUUUCCUAUUCCCCGAUGUAUUCCCUAAAAUAUCCUCCUGCAUAUUACUGCACCACUUCCCCAUCCACCUCCCAGGCUGGUCAUAUCUACGUGUUAUUACGGACUUACUUUCAAGAUGUCCGGCUUUAAAGGAAACCGUUACCUCAAUUUCUUCAUUGGAGGGGCAGUUGAGACCCUGGCAUAUGCGGUCAGUUUGCCCAUCAUGAGGAAGUAUGUGGAACCAUUCGUGAACCUAGAUUUUUAUUUAACAGUUUAAUAUGGAAAUAUAUACGUAUGGAAAUGGCUGGUAGGCAGUCUUUUUUACAAAAUGGAAAUGGGUGGCAGCCAGUCUUCUGUACAAAAAACAUAAUUGGGGUGAAGUCAAGAAUCAUAAACACAUUUAUUAAGAAUCUAUUAUAACCAUAUUGCAUUCUUGGAGAAACAUGCCUCAAAUUUACUAUUUCGUUUUCUUGGUCUGAAAUUGUAAAGCACUUUUUAACUAAAAAAAAUUUCAUAUGAAGAAAUGUCAUGUAAGAUUAGUUGGGUGCUAAAAGUAAAAUUUACACCACUUUUAAAUCACUUUUAAAAAAAUACAUAAUUAUUAAUUUUUCUCCAGGUUUGGCCGAAAAAAGCCCCUUUUGGCAUGUUUUCUUAUUGCUGCUGCAACUUGCUUAGCUGCAGGAUUUAUUAAUGAUUAUACAGCAGGUGAAAAGUUUUUUUUUGGUUAUAUUUUGAAACUAUAAUUAAAAAAAUGUGUUUAAAACUUUUCCUUUACAAAUAUUUUCCUUUACAACAAGACAGCAUUCUGCCACUAUUAUGCUGAGCCUUAUUUGUAUACCAAAUUUUUGCUUUAUUUUUUUAUCUUAUCUCAGGUCUCAGUCAUGUAACAAUUACUCUGGCCAUCACUGGAAGAUGUGCCAUGGCUUGCCUGUUUGCCAUCAUAUUUGUUUACACAUCUGAGAUAUAUCCAACAGUGAUCAGGUAUUUACAUUGCAUUAUUUAAAACUAUUUUGGUAACGUUAAUCUUGUAAAAUUGUUUAGGUUUUACUGGAGAGAUAUGGUACCAUUUAGCAGAAGUUUAUAUCUCUCAUUAAUGCGAUCCUUUAUAGUUAAGGACUCGUUUGGCCAUAGAGAUGUUAAAAAUCAUUGUGGUGAUGUAAACUUAAAAUGUGAUAUUUCUUAGCUGCUUAAAAUUUUAUUUCAAUCAUUCAAUUUAUUGGGUUUUUUUUUUAAAUAUAGGCAUUAACAUCCCAAUUUAUAGAAAAUGUGUACUUUUUUUUUUAUUUGUAUUUGGCAAAAAAUAAAUUCAGCCAUUAUGUUGUUUGGUUUAAAUUUUUUCCAGAAAUAUUGGGAUGGGUGCUUGCUGCUUCUGGGCCAGAGUUGGGGGUGUACUUGCUCCUCAGAUUAAUCAAUGGGUAAAUUUUUUAUGGCAUUCUUUACAUAACCUUGUUUUUUUAAUAUUCAUGUCAUUUUAGAAUUAUAAUUAAGUCCAAAACAAAGUACCUAAAUGAUGAUUUCAUAAAUGUUAAUGCAACUAUAGAGAAAAAUAUUUUCCCAUAUGCUUCAUUUGGCUUUCAAUCCUGUAUUUGCUUUUAGACAAAGACUUUGUGGGACGUAGAUGCCAUCAUUAUAUUUGGAGUGAUGUCCCUUUUGGCUGGCCUGGUAUUAUUCCCCCUGCCUGAGACCCACAACAAGAGGCUACCUGACUCACUUAGGGAGGUAGAGGUCAGCUCAGCCAGCUCUUCUGAAAAUAACCUGCCAGAUUUCAAAGAGAAGAUAACUGCAGAUGGAGUAAAGAGAGAGGAGAUCCCAAUGCAAGGAGUUGCUUAAUUUUAAAUUUAUUAUUUCUCUUGUCUCAGUGCUCAGAAAAUAAAUUAAUAAGAGCCAAAGUUAGUAAAAAAAAUUAUAGGAUUAAUUAAAUAAUUUUGGUUGAAAUUAAUUUAUGGAAAUUUUUAUCAAAAGUAAAAAAAGGUUAAGUCACUCUUAUAAAAUAUCCCAUAGAUUUGGUUCAAUUUAUUUUAAUAAUUAAAAGUUAACCAGACCUACUUUUAAACACAUAAAACUUGAGAUAAUGAUCAGGUGUAAAGGUUGGUAUCUCAGUUAGAUUUUCCUCUAUCUCAUCACUUUCAUUUUAUGUUUGAUUGCUUCUUGGGAUUUUUUAAAUUUUAAUUUUGUGCUAAAGAAUGAUUGUGGCUAAUUUUGGAUCCUCCAAAGUGGAGUAAUUAUCUUAUCUGCAUUUAAUUGUUGAACAUUUUAUAACAGCUUGAGAUCAUUCAAUAAUCUCAAUGUAGAGGUAUCCUUGUUGGACAGCAGAUAGCUAAUUAAAUUUAUAAUGAGUCAUCAAAUUUAAAUGUUUUCAACAAAUUUAACUAUUAUUAGCUUAAAAAUUUUUGAGUUAAAUGUAUAUGAAAAUUGUAUAUAUUCCACAAAUCUUUGAAUUAAAUAUGUCCAAUAAGUCAAGGAAUGGUAAUUAACAAAUCCUAUUUUUCAUUGUAUGUAACCUUAAUGUGUGCAACUUGAAAACCAGUGUAACAUAUCAUAGAUGAUGAUAUUAAUCUUGGGUUCAAAAAAUGAUAUAAGUGAUAUUUAAGAAAUCUAUAAAAUAAGGUAGGGGAAAAUCUUUCAAGGGAUAUUUAAGAAAUAUAAAACAGAAUAGGGAAAAUCUAUUAAAAAGUAUUUAAGCUUAUUGAAAUUAUGAAUUGAUAUAAAUGAACACAUUUCUUGUUUUUUCAUAGCAAUAUUCUAUGAACUUUGAAUGACUAAAGUUAAACUUGAGCUAUUUCCAUGUUAUGUGGGUUAAGCUUUUGUCACAAAGUCUGUCUACUAACACCAUAUCACUAUUUACAAUAGUAAACUUUGCUGUUUUAGACAGAACACUAUAAACAAAAUAUGACCCAUUUAUCAGUUUAACAUAAAUUUUUUAAAUUGCAUCCCAAGACACCAUAUGCAUCCUAUCUGUAUUUACUUUUAAAUAAAGGAGCAUAAGCCCAGAUGCCCUCCCCC